CUGUCUGUCAGCUGCGACAGUUAGUCUUGGUUUGAACUCACUCCGUGCGGGAGGAGCACAUCAGGCAAUGCCUUUAAGAACAGCACCACAUGACAAAGUGUCAAAUUUACUUAAGAGCGGAUUCCUUUCUGUGGAGUGGAACUGAAUAUAUGAAAAGGAUCUUUUUGCUUCAAUGUGUGUGACAGAGGAGUCUGGUGUUUUCCAUUGUCAAACACUUACCAGAUGACCAUCCUUGUGUCAACCCUGAUUCAGAGCAAAGCUAAGGUAGUUGCAGGUAAAGUGUCUGUGUGUCCUUAUGUUCCUGAGCUUCCCUCUGACUAUGGCUGAGGUCCCUGGUCCAUGCAGACACUCCAUCACGAGGGAGCACCUGCUGACAGUCAGGCAUCUGAUGGACAACCAGCUGAGGAGUGGGUGCUCGAUAACCUACACAUUCAUAGAACGGAGAACUUUGAGCAAAUGUUGCUUUGUAAAAGCUGCUUUACCCUGGAUCCUGGAGCUCCUCACAACUCACUUCAAAUACAGCAGGGGUUCAGUCAAUGAUGGCUACGUUCAGACCCUGAGAGCGCUCAUCCUCAACAUCUAUUCUCAGAAAUGUGUGCCUCAGAUCAAUGAGGAGGUUGAGGACAAGCCAGAGAGUUUUGAGAUGCUCUACCAAGGGUCAACUUCAGAGGCACUGCAGAGGGCUUCAGAGGUUCUGUCUGUGUACUGGGAGCUGAUGACGACGAGCGAUGCACCAGUGGACUGGAGAUGCCAGCAGGAAUACACAGAAACCUUUGGCUCUACCACAGACCUAUACACAGAAUCAACCACACAAUAUUUCACAGACAGUUAUGGUAGGAACUCAGUGAGGGCCUCGCAGAGAAGACCAGUCAGAGACCUGUACAAGCUUGGCUUCAUCAUCGUCUCCAUCUGCGGAGGACUGCUGUUCAUACUCACUCUCUACUGUCUCGUCACACAAAUGAAGCGUCGGACCUCCCGCCUCCCACUCCCGUCUCAAACACGGAGGUCUCCCUCUCCGCAGCUGAGCACCCACGGCGCACGCCCGGCCUGUUAAAUAGCCCGUAACAACUGUGUGACACAAACUCAGUGCUUUGGUCAUUGAAUAAUGUCGGGCUCGGUUCGGGUUCAGACAGAAAUAUGCUGCCCGUGCCGCACUCUAACACACACACACAAACACACGGAAAACCAGACAUUAUCAUCAGUUUAUAAAAGACCCCCCGGACGCCCCGGACGGGACGUGAAAAGUGGACAUGUCCGGGCAAAAGAGGACGUUUGGUCAGCCUAUUUUAACACACUCAAGCUGGAUUUAUAUUUCCGUGUCGAAUCGUUGCUGUACCUGUGCCGUAGCUUGACGUUCACCUCCUGUUUAUUUCUGUAAGCUGAAAACAUUUCCCUCAGUGGAAGCUAAGCUUGUAUUUACUUUUAUUUCACAGAUAAGAAACAAUAAAUUGUGAAGACAAUAAAGCUUCCACAAAAUAGAAUUGUAUGUCUUGUGUGUGAUUUAUCCUGGCUUCGUAUGAGUAGAGGAAAUCUCUGCUAGUCUGAGGCAAACAAUUUUACAAUGUAAAAUGCCAUAGGCUUGUGCUAAUAGUAUUAGCAUGUUGCAUUUGUUUAAAAAAUGUGUUUCGUAUAAGACACGAGUUUUGUCUGUGAACCUUGUGAGCUGUAAUGGAGCCGAAUUUUGUGACGUUACCUUUGUUAAAUGUUGCUGUUGUCCCUGGCUUCAUGUGAGCAGAGGAUAUCUUCCCUUGUCGCUAGGUUAAUGUAUACAGUGUAAAAUGCCAUAGGCUUGUGCUAAUAGCGUUAGCAUGUUGUAUUUGUUUGGAAAACGUGUUUAGUAAGACAGAUGUUUUGUCGGUGAACCUUGUGAGUUGUAAUGGAGCCAAAUUUUGUAACAUUACCUUUGUUAAAUGUUGCUGUUGUCCCUGGUUUCAUAUGAGCAGAGGAUAUCUUCGCUUGUCUCUAGGCUAAUUUAUACUGCUUUGUCUAUGAACGCUGCAAGUUAUAGUGAAGCCGAUGUGUAUGCUUGUGUUUGAAAUGGCUAUUAAGCCAUGUUUAAUGUGUGUUUUGAAUCAGCUAACCUUUACAGCAAUUCACAGAAACCCUGCAGCUGACUAGUGUUUUGGAGGUGUAACUGUAGAAUGACAGAUAUAACCACCACACAAGUGUAACAGCUCACAACCAUGUAGGCUACGGUGUAGGGUCUGCAUAGAGCUGACGCACAAGUAUAACUCUGCUUUUACACGCACACAGAGAUGUUACUAGAACUCAAGAGCACAGAACUGUAAACUCAUUUGUACAGAACUCUUUAUUUCCAUUGUCCGUCAUUAUACAUCCAUUGCUUUCCUUCAGUUGAGGUUUGACUGGCGCUCUUUGAAUUAUGUCAUUUUGUUGCGCCAUCUUCUGCAGAGGCCCCUGACUGGAGAAUUAAUGCCACCUACUGUUUAUUGCUUCAUACUCCCAUUAGCAUGACAGUAGUGGACGGAAAAGGACAUAAAUUUGCAUUUUGGUCUGCCGACUUUCUGAAAAUGUGGUUAAAAUUGACGUUACAUUUGGAUGGAAUCAAACAUUUUAGCUUUAGUUGGGUGUUUUUCAACAUAUUGAUCGGGGAAACACAAAACAUUUGAAAAAAAAAAUAUAUACUGAGAAUGUAAAAUCCUUUGAAAGGUCCCCUUAAUGUGUUAUAAUCAGAGGAUAUUGUGCAGAGAAACGUAGGACUCUGGGAACAUGGUGAACACUGCAGACACCUCAAUCCUUUUAUACCCUAUUAAAAACAUGAAAAAUACAAAAAGGUGUACAUAGAGCUUAAGAGCGCAAUAAAGUUUAAGCCCUGAAACAGUACCAGCUGCACUUUAUCCCCAGUGAUGACUAAUGAAGAGAAUGCCAAUAAGCCUGCUAGUACAUGAAGCGUGUGUUUAGAUGAAAAGGAUUAAACAAGAAUCUUUUUCUUAAAUUACAACCUGGCUUUCGUUUGGGGUUUAAAGAUGACUAUGCAGUUUGUGGUAUAUUUCUUCACAGCCCAGUUGCCAGAAGAAAAUGUUGGCACUGUCCAUUUCUGUAAACUGCAAAUAUGUUACAUUUGCACAUUUCAUACAUGUUAUAUGAACAUUUCUAAAGUGACAUUAAAUAUAAGCUGACUCUCUCAGUGGGAGACGGAGGGGGUGCCAGAAUGUUGAAUGCCAACUUUUUGCCAAUUGAAUUGUUGUUUAACAUUUUAAUGGGUAGGACGCAACUCCUUACACACUAACAAGUUGUAAAAAAAAAAAUAAAAAUAAAAAUGAAAAGACAAUAAUCAACCAAUUAUAUGGCUCAAAAAGCUUUGGACAGAAUCCUUUCCUUAUAAUUUCUCAUUCAUGACAACAUAGGGGUAAAAAUUCAAUUACAGUAGCCUCGCUCUGUUUUAAUUAUUAUUAUUAUUAUUAUUUACUUUACAUUAUGAUCUUUUACCUCGUGGUAAUCCAUCUGCUUCUGGCUGCCUGACGCUGAUGCUGCGUGCAGUUUGAAAUCAUGACAGGAAAAAAAAAAGUCAUCUCCUGUCAAUGAAAAAUGUCGUCUCCUCCCACAAAGAAAGCAAGCCACAAAAUGCAGCAGUGAUACUCAGUGUUACAAGGCUACUUUGUGUAGUCAGCUCAGACAGUGAGGAAUGAGAGAAAACAAAUGCCCACGGGGGAAAGCACCCGUGGUUGAAGCCGCCCUGUCA